CGGGUGAGGGCGCCGCCCAAUGGGAGGCGUGGAUAGUGAGGGGUCCCACACGCCUGCUGCGGAGGGUCCGUGUCAAGAGCGGCAGGGGCUGCUUGGAGAUACCCUCCUGUAGUAGCUGCGACAGGCUGAGACUUGGGAUCAUGAAAGACUGAGGUAUAAACAUUGAAGUAAGACUUGAUUGACAGACGGGUGAGUAAUGGAAUGAGCAAGGGAACGCCUGCAGACAUCCCACUCCCCUCGGGCUCCUGGCGUACCACUGGCUCCUGCCCCUCUUUCUCCAGGCACUGCCUUCCCCAGAAUGGCAGAGAUGGUGGCAGAGGCAGCUGAGAUGCCAACACAGUCACCGGGAUCAGUGGAAAUUUCAACCCCUGUGUCAGGAGCGCUGGCAGAGCUGGCAACAGCAGUGACUGAGAUGACCCCUGGGGAGGCCCUUGCCUCGUCCCUCUUCUUCCAGCACCACCAGUUCAUGUGCUCUGAGUGUGGCAGCCUCUACAACACCCUGGAGGAAGUCCUCUCCCACCAGGAGCAACACCUGCCCACCAUGGCAGAGGAGGAGGUGAUGACUACCCAGGACACGGGCCUGGAGCCUGAGCUAGUGCCUGGCACUGGGGAGGGACCUUUCCAGUGUGGUGAGUGCAGCCAGCUUAUCCUCUCCCCCAGUGAGCUCCUGGCACACCAGGAUGCCCACUUGCAGGAGUCUGCAAGCCAGAUCCAGUACCAGUGUGGAGACUGCCAGGAGCUCUUCCCCUCACCGGAGCUGUGGGUAGCUCAUCGAAAGACACAGCACCUUUCCAGUACAGCAGAUGAGCCUCCAGUACUGCCUCCUUUGCCUCCCCCAACACCGCCACCCCCGCCAGCAGAAGUCAAGAUGGAGCCCUAUGAGUGUCCGGAGUGCUCCACCCUCUGUGCCACCCCUGAAGAGUUCUUGGAGCAUCAGGGCACUCACUUUGACUCCCUGGAGAAGGAAGAGCGCAAUGGGUUGGAGGAGGAGGAGGAAGAGGAGGAGGAGGAGGAGGAGGAGGAGGAAGAGUCAGAUGAGGAAGAAGCCGCUGCAGAGCUCACUGCUGAUGAUAUGGGAGGUGACAAGUCCACAGCCGAUCCAGCUCAGAGCUGUGGGGAUUGUUCCCAGCACUCUGCCUCUUCAGGUGCACGCCGCCGACACCGACGGGCGUCUCGUGGCCUAGCGUCUGCCACCCACCCCUACCACUGUAGCCAGUGUCAGCGCAGCUUCAGCUCUGCCAACAGGCUGAUGGCGCAUGGACGGGCCCAUGUGGGUGGUACCCAUGAAUGUACUACCUGCUCCAAGGUCUUCAAGAAGGCGGCCUCUCUGGAGCAGCACCAGCGGCUGCACCUCGGGGAAGCCCGCUACCUCUGUGUGGACUGCGGCCGUGGCUUUGGCACUGAGCUCACACUGGUGGCCCAUCGGCGAGCCCACACUGCCAACCCAUUGCACCGCUGUUGCUGUGGCAAGACCUUCAGCAACAUGACCAAGUUCCUUUACCACCGGCGAACUCACACUGGGAAAAGUGGCACCCCCACCAGGGUAGCAGCUGUCUCCCCAGCUCCGGCUGAGCCCACGCCCCCACCUCCACCUCCGCCUGCCCAGCUGCCCUGUCCACAGUGCCCCAAGUCCUUUGCCUCAGCCUCCCGGCUUUCCAGGCACCGGCGUGCAGUGCACGGCCCCCCUGAACGCCGGCACAGGUGCGGGGUUUGUGGCAAGGGCUUCAAGAAGCUGGUCCAUGUGCGCAACCACCUGCGGACACACACAGGCGAGAGGCCCUUCCAAUGUCACUCCUGCGGCAAGACCUUUGCUUCUUUAGCCAACCUCAGCCGCCACCAGCUGACCCACACAGGCGUGCGUCCCUACCAGUGCCUGGACUGUGGCAAGCGCUUCACACAGAGCUCCAACCUACAGCAGCACCGGCGGCUACACCUACGGCCGGUGGCCUUUGCACGUGCCCCUCGUCUUCCCAUCACUGGUCUCUACAAUAAGAGCCCCUACUACUGCGGAACCUGUGGCCGCUGGUUCCGCGCCAUGGCAGGCCUGCGACUGCAUCAGCGGGUCCAUGCCCGAGCCAGGACUUUGACACUACAGCCUCCCAGGUCACCCUCUCCUGUCCCACCCCCACCCCCUGAACCUCAGCAGACCAUCAUGUGCACAGAGCUUGGAGAGACCAUCGCCAUCAUUGAGACUUCCCAGCCACUGGCCCUGGAGGAUACACUGCAGCUGUGCCAGGCAGCACUGGGUGCCAGUGAGGCCAGUGGACUGCUGCAGCUGGACACCGCCUUUGUGUGACAGAGUGCAAGAGAAAUGAUGGAAGGUUCGCUUACAAGAUUGAGUAUGGGCACCUCGGGAGAAGAGGACCCCUCUGGUGAGCUAACCUGGCACCCACAUGGCAGAAUCCACCCUGCUGGCCUCUUGUAACUGCUGACUCCUCAGAACAACCCUGCCAGGUUUCUCCUGUCACCUUUCUCUGCCCAAGGUGAAACUGAAGCUCUGUGAAGAGAUGUGAUCUGUCUCA